GUGACAACAAGUUGAAGCUCAAGGUCACCGUCGAUGCAUUCGACACUCUCGCCAUUCGAGCCCAUCAUGGAUUACGACUCGAGCAUGCCUUACCUGGCCAGUCCGCUCUCCAUGGGGAACCUGCAGAAUGUCGAUUACCUGAACGCGAUGCAGCCGUUGGACAUCCCACCGCACCCUCAUCCAUACGACCAUGAAGCGUUUGCCAGCGGCGACGAUAUGAGCUUCUCGCAGCCAUCUCUGACGCACCCCAUGAGACGAUUCUCGAGUAACCAGUACGACGAACCUUUCCCCGAUAUCCUAAGCCAGUUCGAGCCACUUCCGCCAGAGCAACCCCCUCAAGACUCGUCCGUCGAUCAUAAUCAUAAGCUGCUCAGCUUCUCGCUACCGAUCUACGGCUUCACGCUUUUGGAUUACUCGCUCCGGAAGACGUCCCUGUCCAUGUCUGCCCAGCUUCAUGGGAUGUUCUUUCUGGCAGAAUCCCCCUGGACCACCUCUCCCACCUCCGAUACCAACAUCCCACCCCCAGUCGCAGAAUUGACCUGCUACCGCCGAAACCUGUUCCAGAUCACCGGCUCCGUGACGCUGCCUCGUGGCCUACGCUACAUUUUGACCGAGCAUGGAGAUCGCAUUCCCAUCCUGGCACACGAGCUGACGGUCUCUGCCACAGAAUCUGUGGAGGGAAACUCGGUGAAGAUCAUCUCGGUGCCCUGGAAGACUCCAGCGACGAACACGACCGGGCAGCCAGAAGAUAAGACCGAAAAGGAGCCUCCUUCCAUUCCUCUUGACACCAUGACGGGCCAAGACCUCGAUUCCGACUACGCCACCUUCUCGAUCGCCUGGAAACGAUUGCAGUUCCGCAUCGCAACGGCAAACAAUGGCCGACGCAAGGAGCUACAGCAGCAUUUUGUCGUCCGGUUGAAGAUCGUUGCAACGUUGUCGACAGGGACCAAGGUGCCCAUCGCGGAAGCCCACUCCGGCCCCGUGAUCGUGCGAGGAAGAAGCCCUCGCAAUUUCCAGUCCCGCAAGGACCUCCCACUCAGCGGCAGCGCUGCCGCUUCCCGCAAGAACGCCCAAGCGGCGGCUCUCCAUCGCGCAAACACGGCUGACGCUGCCCGGUCGCAUCAGGCAGCCGCAAAGCGCAGCAAAUCUCCCCAGGGCCCAACACCGGCUCCGGUACCCCUUAAGCUGGACACAGACGCCAAACCCUCAUCCCCGCAGCAGCAACCUCCGCCAUCUGCCACCCUCCCUGACUGGACUCAUGUAACAAGUGCUCCCACUUCUACCACUCCCUUCUCCGCUCCACCGGUCACCGGUCCCACUGCUGCUUCUGCUGCGUACGCAAAGUCGAGCCCCGAGCAACCUCGUCCAGGAAAAAGAAGACGCACCAGUGCCAGCACAAAGCCCAUAAGUCUGUCUCUUGCAGAUGACGUUCCCAGCCCAGCCACCCCUACCACCCCGGUACACAUCAACAGCCUUGCCACCACCUCCGCUCCUCACUUCACCAACACCACUCACCCCAUUGAUAAUACGUCCCUGUUACAGAAGCACUCACCGCAGGUUACCGCCAACCAAGCAAUGCCUCAUACAUACUCUACCUCUGCAAAUAUGCCCUUACUCGCACAAUCCCUACAGCAGCUGGCACCUCCUUUGCUUUCGCCGCAUAUCGUGAACCCCAGUGACACAGCUGAUUUACUCUACGAAUACUUCCCGUUGGGAUUAGAUGACUGGCAAGCUCCGGUGGACGCCGUCUACCGGCCGCAUGUGGUGCACCAUAUGAAUUUGCCUGAUGACCCCAAAGCCAUCGCUGCGAGGAACCGGAGUAAAAGGUACUUUGCUGGAGAAGGAAGUUGAUGUAUGCAUCUUGGCAUCGUUUAUUUAUUUCAUUUUAUACUUUUUUUGACUUUUUUUUGGCGUGGUACCUCCCUAUCGAAUUACUUUUUUGGAUUUACAUCAUCUUAUGUUAUUUGAACGCGUUAUGAAUAGCCGCCUAUUCAUGUCCCCCCCGAGUUUUAUCUUCGCAUGCCGUUGUUAUCUUGGUAUAGCAUAAGCAACAACCUUUGGAGGAAAACCUUCUUGCAUGGGAUACAGAUAAGGGAAUUAUGAUAUUACCUCUGGAUUCAUUCUCGGAUAUACACUUUUCCUUUUUGCGGCGGUCUCGGAGAGCGAUUGCUUGGAUAUACAUAACCCUCUCUCACUCUCUCUCCCUCCUCUCUCUCUUUCCCACUCUUUCUCAUACCCCGCUCUCCCCGUGUAUCCCCAACUUAUGAUCCCCACGAAUGCAUCAUUAUUUUGAUAAGUGUACUUUUAUGC